UCCCCAGGUGAUGCUGCAUAAUUUUCUGAAAUCCUCUUCUUAAGUUCUACAAUGUCUUCUUCUGUGGUCUUGGCUGCUCUUCUGGGCCUGUUUAGUUCGAGUCAGGCAUCUCUGCCAGACUGUAAGGAGCUCAUAACACCACGAACCCUGGAGGAUGACAAUAAAAGUAUCAUGGGUAAAUGGAUCUUCCUUGAAGGCAUAGCUGAUCACCACUUAUUUACAGAUAUCUUGAAGACUGUGAACAGCUCAUGGAUGGAGUUUGGCCCAAGCACUCUUGCAAAAACUUUAACCCUCAGUCAAGGGAAUAUGCUAAAUGGAAAGUGUGAAUUUUGCACCAUUAACACAACUGUUAAAGAUAGUAUUUUUUAUGCCAGUGGAAAUGACAUAGUAUCAGAGGGCAAGUUCUUGCCGUCCUGUCCUGACUGUCUCACCAUGAACUUCAUCAGCCAAUUCAAAAAUAAGACCAUAUAUUCUUUAUAUUUAUUCAAGAGAGAGAGCAACCGAACCGAGUCUGACAUGGACACCUACUGGAAGCAAGCCGAGUGUCUCGGAUUCAAAAGAGAAACCCAGUACUCCUAUGAUGGAGUAACAGAACUCUGUCAUGUGAUCAAGGACAACUCAUCUGACCAGAAGCCAAGUUUGGACAAAUCAGAUCAAUAAUACAUGCAUUAAACCUUUUUUUG